UCGCUUUCCCCAAUGGCUCUUCCUGGAGCACAAUCGCUCUCCUACCAGUGGCAGAAAGCACACCAAGGAUCUUGGGAGCGGGUCUUGGAUGAAUGUGAGAUGUUCUAUAGGGUAGCUGCUAAGAACAAACAAGGUGGCUUCCCUGUCACUGGCUAUGCCUCCUUUGUGUCGUCUCUCGCUCAAACGACGAUAGUCGACGAACGCCGAGUUGAGACUAGCCUACGGAAAGCAUGGAGAAUGCUUCGAUGCAUGCAUCCAAGCUUGGGCUCUCAUAUGGAGUCUUAUGGUCAGAGUGGUGAAUUUGAGAAAAGGGUGUAUAGUCCGUUUCGAGAUGGAGCAGAGGAAGAGGAGUGGGUGCAGUCAACCUUCCGGGUUGUUGAUUGCGAUGGAGACAUACUCGAGUCGUUCAACAAUGGCAUGCCUCUCUCGAAAGUCCCGAAUAUCUACCUCUUGAAUAUCGCAGAAACAGAUCGUACCAUUCACACUGUAUUCUUACAAUGUCCCCACGAUGUCACAGACGGAAUUGGCAUACUUCAAUUAGUUGACCAGUUGUUCAGAAAUGCGGCUAUUGCGGACGAACAAGGAUCCCAUUAUGUCAUUCCAGCAUACGAUGAAGAGUGGAAAAGACUAUCUCCUUCUUUACGCGCUGCUGCUGCGAUUCCUGAGCCCUCAUCAGCUCUGCUGGAACGUUUCGGAGAAGUCCAAGCACAAAAUGCAAACGUCUACACGCAUCCCCAGCUUCUUGGUCUUCGUCCCAGCGUGACUACCACGCCAUCGAUCACUCAUAGAAUCCAGCGCGUUGCCAUCUCUACUUCUCGACCGACCACUGAGCGUAUUCUUUCCCGCUGCAAGUCCGUCGCUCCAGGCGUUAAUAUAACACACAUAUUCACAUGUGCAUUAGCUUUGACACUGUCUAAGCUCCAGCCUCAUCCCAAAGAGACGUGCUCGGCUCGAUACGUCAGCCACAGUAUGAUCAACCUCCGUCCAUACUGUCACUUUCCGUGGAAUGGGCCUGAACAUGCAGCAGCUGCAUACCAUACCGUCUCUGCGCAAGCACUAGGCAUAGACGUUACGAUACCUGGUUCGGAUGAUACAGAUGAAGAGCUCAACAUCGUCGACGAAUUCCAUCGGAUCGCAGUCGAAGUGCGAGAUUUCUACAAAACAAUACGCCCAAAACGCCCCUCUCCCGACGACGACAAUACUGACGAACAAGUCGCUCUAACUCCUCUAUCAUUCAAAGCACUCACUCCACCACCAUCUGAUCCCUCUCACACCUCUCCACCAAUCUCUGAAACCACUUUCUGCCCUGUCUCCAUGUCCUCUAUAGGAAAUAUAGCAACACUAGUCGGAGGGAAACAUGGUCCGUUUGAAUUGAGGAAUGUGUGGGCGGCUAGCGAACCUAUCGGGGCCGGCGUGGCAUUGUUUUUGGGGUGUUGGGAUGGGAGGGUGGAAUUGGCUGCGACUUUUGAUAGGGGUGUUCACGAGGAUGUGUAUUUGAGGGGUUUUUUGGAGAAAAUCGUGAGGUUUGUUUGUGUGGGUUUCGAGAUUGAGGAGUCGUAG